GCGGUGGUAAUUCACCCCCCGCCCUCUCCUCCCUCCGCUCAGGUAUCGCUCGAAGCCAGCGGCGCGCUGGUUUUCUUCCACGCUGUUGCUACCUGUGUUGGCCAAUACUUGGCUGCGGCGACACUGAGGCCAGCGCGCGGAGAUGGAGGAGGAUCGCAGACCGCGUGGCUCCCAAGACUAGGGCGUUUGCGAGUUCGGAGUUUACACCCCGGAUCUGUCCCUGACCAGCCGUAGAUCCAGUUGGCUACAGUCAGUCAGUCAGUCAGGCUGCCUGUGCCUCGUCCCACCGAUCAGGGAGCAGCACAAAACCGCGGAGACAGCACGCGCUCAGAGUCGGAGCCCGAACUCCUCUUGUGCGAGAACAGAGCGGGAGGGGCGAGUGUAAAAGAGAGAGAACGAGAGAAAAAAAAGAAAACUGCGUAAAAAGCUGAGAAGUGAGCCUGCUGUUGCCAGUCUGUUGAUUUCGUUUGUUCGUGAUACUGUUAGCAUUCUAGCAGCAGACACUGGGAACCGAAACCUCGCGCGUUUUAUGUGUUCACGGAGAAAGUCUUCGACUCAGGAGUUUUGGCGUGUCUUAUUUCCUGUAAAGCUGGCGUGAAGUUAGACAUCAUUGUCUUGGCGGAUCUGCAACAAAUUCCCUGGUCUCAGACUUUGCCAUUGUUCAGAACGGGAACCCGAGACAGACCAGGCGUCAGGAGAGCGUGCUGUUGUCUCGUUUCAAACUGUUUAUUAUUCUAGCCAAACUUUUCCCGGGAGUUGGUCACGCCGGUAAAACCCACGAAGCCGAUGUACGCGCGCGCGCUGGAAUUCACAAUAAGGCAGUGCGUGUUUGUUGUUGGGACUACAGUUGGCGGACACGCUUGAAACAUUUCAAACAGUUACGUGUUCUCUUCCAAGGGGCUACUCCGACGAAACGACUUUCUCGGAACCUGGGAAUUUUACUGUGUUUCGACUACCCUUGUUUGCGGGACUUAAUGAAUUACAUGGUGAUGUCUCUGUCACGAUCUUCGUGAAGGAAACUAAUGACAUGUGAAGAAUUUGCCAGGAAUAUUUCCUACUGUCACAGAUAGUCAGACGGAGAGAUCAUCUUUUGCUGUUGUUUCUUUUCAUCGCGAAUAUGGAGGUGCGUCGUGAGAUACCAUGUCAGGCAUCCCUGUUGAGGGUGGGUCCUGUGACGUCCACCACCCCGCUGACCAGGUAGAGCCGAAGGGCCGAGGGAGGACCCGCUACUGCAAAAAGUGUUCCUUCACAUGCACAGACGCUAGAGAGUUCACCGCUCACCAGGCCAGUCAUUCGGACGUGACUGGCGAUACCAGGAGAGAUCGGCAAUCUUCGCCAGACGCAACUGCUGCUUGCUCCCCUGCCCCGAGUUCUACUGCUUCUACUGUCGCUGCUGCUACAACUACUUCUGUUGAGGUAACUACCUCUACAUCAGCUGGUCGUACUCGAAGGAGUUUGAGGUCCUCGCGGAACUCUCGGAGCAGCGUGUCCGACAUGGCACCCCCUCCAGCCCCCGGCCCCGAUGUGGCGAGUGGGACAGACAGCUCAGAAAAGACAUCACUGUCGCAGUCAAAAGUGGACAGAGAAGCUAAGGAUACUGGAGAUUCCAACGUGGCUGCAGACACCUCGAACAAGUCAGAGGGCGGACAAACAGCUUCUGCUAUAAGCAUCGGAAAUUCUGACAAUAAUGUAAAGACCAUUGAAAAGGAAUUUGAAGAAGAGAAGAUGGAGGAGGAGGAAGGCGAUGAACCAGAUUCCAUGAUGACCAUGUCCAAAGACAAUAUAGAUAUGUCUGUGGCAAAGAAGACAGAGACCCCUAACAUGCAGAAUGGUAACUCGGGUUACGUUAGCGGUGACGAGGAAAUGGAAGAUGAGGGCAAGUUGGUGAUUGCCGAUGACAAGCAGGAAUAUGUGAAGCACAGAGAACUGCCUUUCUCUACACCACUUAAUGAGGAAAUGACUGAUACAAUUGACCUGACAGCAAAGUCUCCAGCUGAAAAGGGAAAUGAGAGUGACAUUAAUUUCCUAGGUGUUGAAAGCCAGAAUUCGUCUAGAAUCGUGACACCUUAUGACUCUUCUGUCCUAUUGAAUGAGGUUGACGGCAUGGAGGAGGAUGAUGACCGAAGGAGAGAUCAUGGGGUAAGCAUGAUGCCAGGCUCAGUUCCUUUGACAAUCACUACUGACAACAUUGAUCAAGUUCUAGAUGAUGACAAAAAGAAGAAGAAGAAAACUCGCCAGGAGGUAGAUCCCGGAAAGUACUUUGAAGCCGUGGACGGAAGUGGCACCAAGUAUGCUUGCUCCCAGUGUGGGAACAUCUACAAGUGGAGAAAAAGCCUGAACAAGCACUGGAAAGAGAAACACAUGAAGGACCCUCUGGUGGAAGAGCCCAGCCCUCCUGGCAUGCUGGAACUGCUUAAGUCUGGAAAGUAUACUCAACUUGGAGCCAGAAGAAUCUACGACAAUGCUUUUCUAGCUACCAUCAAGACACAGAAAGAUGAUAAUCAGUCCCGACCUCCAUCUUCACCUGGAAGUGACGGUCCAUCCCCGGGUCCACCAAACUUUUUGGCUACUCCACAGAACAUGAGCAGCCUAAAUGCAUCCCGGUUUGUUGCGUCUGUGGCAUCGGCCAUGAUGCCAAAAAUGAUUGGUCCCUUUGUGGCCAACUCUGCUCAGCCUGUAUUCCCUGGAAUGCCCAUAGGUCUCUCUCAUCUUUCGCUGCAGAAUGGAUUUGACAAUACAGAAGAGGGGGCUUUAGAUCUCACUAGGGAUUCAAUCAAGAUGGAAUCUGGACAGUCGUUCUCUAUGAUGAGCUCACAAAACAUGUCUUCGUCUUUUGACCAAGACCAGCCUCUUGAUUUUUCAAAGAAGAAUGGGGAGAAAGUAAACUCCCAUAUAAAAAACGAAAAGUUGUGGGAUGAAAUGAACAAUUCUAUGAAGCAAGGACAUUCCAUGACCCCGUACAUUCCAAAAGUCCAUAGAUGCUCAAAGUGUGACUAUACCAGUACGUCUGAAGUUGACUUUGCAAAUCAUACAAGCUCUCAUCUUAAUAAACGGAUUGUGCGCUGUUUUGAAUGCAAACUUCAGCUUAAUUCCAUGGACGAGCUCAAUUCUCAUUUCAUGAAGCUACACAACAAGAAGCUGGCUGAUCACAAGGAAGCAAUCAAAAAGAUCCCCCAUGGCUUGCAACAGACUUACCACUUGCUGCAAAUGGACAUUGAUAAGAUUGGUGACCUCGGUAGUCAGGAUCUUGGUGCUACUGAUUCAAAGAGUCUAAAAUGCAAAAAAUGUGACUUUGAAGCCAAAUGGCCUGCGGAGCUUCAAAAGCAUGCUGUGUCUCACUCUGAAGAAAGGCCGUAUAUAUGUAUGGUCUGUGGAUCAACCUACAAGUGGAAGUGGGAUCUGGUAAAACAUUUCCAAAAGAGCCACCCGAACCUGCCGAAUCCAUAUCGCAGAAAUGACAAGAGAGAAAGUCCAGAUGCCAGUUCUGAAGAGGAGCUUGAAGAGGAGCCUGAAGCAAAACGAGCACGAUAUGCCAUGAUGACUGCUGGAGCAAUGAAUGGAGCUGCUGCAUUCAAUAGGGAUGAUGCAAUCUCUGUAGAGGGAAUCAUAGCUGCCACCCAGGCUGGUCAACGAUUCGUCUCUAGUCAGCCUCACUUGGACGAUGAAUCUGGUAUAGAAACAAGUCAUCUUGCUUUCCUAAAUGCCUAUCCCUAUCUAGCCAAUGGUGAGAAUGUUCCAGGAUUGAUGGAAAGGCAUUCGAGUGUUCAGAGAGCAGUGCAGGAGAGUAGCAAGAAGAGUAGUAGUUCCAAGAAAACCCCGAACAAAGAUCAGCCCAGCCCUGGAUCAUCAUCAUCCUCCAGCAGGAAUGAAGAGCUGCCUUACAAAUGUACUAUGUGCAACUACCACGCUCGAUGGCCCUCUGAAGUGACUCAGCAUAUGAAGAAUCACUCUGACUCUAAGCCGUAUCUGUGUCCUCGCUGCGAGUACCGGAGCAAAUGGAAAUGGGAUGUGGUCAAACACCUCAAACGCUGUGGUGGAGGAGGUGGCAUUGAUGAUGUCAUUGACACCACAAAGCCAAAGAGAAGGGAUAACAACAGCAAUACCCCAACGAGCUCUGCAACUUCUGGUCCCCCAAAUGCAGUGGUGAGCCAACAGGGAAAAGUGAAGAAAACCACACCACAGCCUCCCAUGGCAUAUAUUAUGCCCUCAGUGGAUGAGAAUGGUCAGCCGAGCGCGGUCGUGCUGAGACCGUCCCAUGGCACUUCUGGGCUAGCGCAGUCAAUGGCUCAGCUGAUAUCCUCAGAUGACCAGAGUAGAUCACGGUCAAGCUCAGCCUCUCUGGACAACAGCAACAAUAAUGACAGUAACGUCUCUGACAACAAUUUCAACAACAAUUAUGCCCUGUACUCCAGUGGUCAGUCACUUCCCAGUGUGAGCCCAUCCAUGCCCGUCCCAUCUGCCACGUUUACCCCAAUCACCCCCAGUAUUGCCAACAAUAGUCCUGCUCCCUCUCCGGCCACACACACCACCAGCUCAAGACAAAACAGCAAUGCAGAAGUCUGGCCUUGUCCUCACUGUGCAUUUACCACUCAAAGUCAAGCCGAACUUAAGCGACACUCUGGCCUUCACUCAGAAGAUAAGCCGUUCAAAUGUGAUGUUUGCCACUACUCUACUCGCUGGGCCUGUGACCUGAAAAAGCACAGGAGAAGCUACAAUCAUUUCCCUCAAAACAAAGGCAAUGUUAAUAGCAACAACACUUCCCCCGACAAGUCACCGGUGGUGAAAGAUACUACUGACAAAUCCGACAAAGUCGUCCACAGAUUUAAAUGCUUCCAAUGCAAUAUCUUCUUCCCACAACUGCAAAACCUCUUGGAACAUAGGAAAUCAACACAUAUUGGCAGAGAGUCUGCUCAGAGCUCCCCAGCACCUCAGACAGAGGAAAAUGAGAUUGACGCUGCUCGUAUUAAACAUCCAAGAAAGCAGAUGAGACAAAUCUCGUGUCCAAAAUGUCCAUUUGUUUGUAGAAAUCGCAACACUAUGGACAGGCAUAUGGAGGAACAUGAAAUCCAGGAAAUGAAUGCUCACACGUGUUUUUACUGCCCUCAACAAUAUAAAGACAAAGAGUCUUUGUUGGAUCACAUUAUUUCCCACCCAAUGUUCAACCCGAAGGAGUGGGAGACUUUCUUCAUGAUCAAUGAGGAUGAAGAGGAGGAACAAGUGCCGAGUCCUCCCGCAAAAGCACCCACAGUCACUCCAGAGGUUCAACAACCAAAGAAAGAUAACUCAGAGGCUGAGAAACAGACUGCAAAAGUCAUGAAAGAGCUGGAAAAGGUCAACUCCAAGUCAGAAGCCACAGAGGCCAGAAUUCAGCAGAUAUUGGACGAGAUUCCCAAACAACAGAAGCAGUCACAGUCAGUUGCCUCAGUGCAGGCCCGGCAGCCACAGAGCAAGUACAAGUGUGAAUGGUGUCCAGCAGAGUUCGUAAAUUUGACAGCUGUGUACAAGCAUGCCAGUCAGGCUCACCCAAUCCAGCUCAAGGAACAAGAUGUGAGCAUGACCUUGGCAUCCCAAUCUGCUCAACAGAAAGCCCAAAUUUCUCAGGAAAUGUCCCCGAAAAAAGUACCUUAUGCUGGUGAGCCUAUUGAAAUUCUCAGACAACAGAUAGCUGAGAAGAGAAACCAGCAAAUGAUGGAGAAGUUCAAUGAGCUGUUUACCACAAACCCCAAACUUCAAGAAGUCUUGAGCAAAAAGAUGGAAGAAGAGAAAUCUGCGGGGGGCAAGCGGUUCCAGUGUGACAAAUGUUCCUUCGCCUCCUCCAACCUUGUCACUUUUCAGAGACACUACGAGCUGCACGGCAGUAAACUCCAGUCUCAGUGUUGGUUCUGUGACUACAGUGUUGACCGCAUGAACCUUCUGUAUCAACACAUGAAGAUCUCUCACACUCGGAAGUGGAAAGCCCUGAGUCAAGACCCAAAAUAUGCCAGUCAGAUUCACAAAAUGAAUCUUGCAUUUGCUAAUACCAGCUCCCAGGGAAAUAAUGUUAUCGAAAGCAAUGUUACCCCUGAACCCACAACUGCCUCAGUGAUCAGUGGUUCUGUUGCCUCAGGCGCCAUGGAUCUCAGUGCAAAAGCCUCAAAGUCCCCAUCUGAAAUGGCUCAUGACAUUAUGUACCAGACCCGGCUUCAGUACACAUGGAGUGGUAUCCCUGUGAAUGUUAUUCCAGUGGGUAGUGCCCUUAACUUUGUCUGCCCCAACUGCUCCUACAACGACACAUCUAUUGCUAAGACCUGUUCCCAUGUCAUGCAGUCCCACAGAGCCAUGACAAAAUUCAAGUGCAAGACCUGCUCAUUUUCCGAUGACAACAUACAUGUCAUGUCUGACCACUGUAAAACCUCCCACCCCAUUCUUGAGCGUGUUGUAGAAGUUAUUGAUUUCAAACAGCUCAACUUCAGUGAACUUCAGAUGGUGCAGCUGAAUGCUAUGAAAGAGAGAAUGGACCAGGGUAUGAAUGCAGCUUUGAAUGCUCAGGAGCCUCUUCAAGGCACUACAGCAGCUAAGAAACUAAUGAGCUGUCCUUUCUGCCCAUACAAAUGCUACACCUCAGAAGAGAUGAAGUCUCACUUGUCCAACCACAGCAAGCAGGCACGUUACCGAUGCCAGCUGUGCGACUUCAGCUCUGACCUCACAAAUGUCAUCAGCGAUCAUGUCAAAGUUCAUGACCCCAGUUAUGCCUCCGCCAAAUCUCAGGGAGAGUCAGCAGAGAUGAAUGCAGUGCGAAAUCUCUCCAGUCCUGCAAGACGCGCUGAUCCAACUGCUGUCCAUCCUAAAGAAGAACCUGAACUUGAAGUGAAAGUUAAAGUGGAUGAAGUAGCUGAUACCGAGGGUCCUCGUGGAAUCUCUAAUGCUGUUGAAACUUUGAAAGAAGGAUCACCCAAAAUCAAAUCGGCAGGACGUAUCCGCUAUCGCUGCUCUGUCUGCCCAUACCACACUACAUGCAAAAGUAAUAUUCUGAAACACAAACGGCAGCACCUGCACAAUAAAAGGUACAAAUGCUCAAAGUGUUCUUACAGCGCAGCAAGAGCUGUUUUGCUGAAGAACCACCUCGAUGCUCAUGACAUGCCAGUGGAGGAAGAUGGAUUGCACCAUGACAUUUUCUGCAACCCCAACAGUCCAAGUGAUGAUCUUCGAAGUGAUAAUGAUGACAAUGAUAAUGAUCAGGAAGCUGAAAUGGAUGUGGAGGAUGGUGAUGAUGAUGACACCAACUCUGAUGACCUAGAAAAUGAAAUGGAUGCCAAAGCUAUCGCUGAUCUAGAAGCUAAAGACAUUAUGGAAGCAGAAGCAGCGCACAAAGCCUCCAUCCUCCUUGUUGAUGAACUCGGCAGUAAUGGGGAGAAUGCUGGGGACAAACCACUCCGCAGACAGAAAUGCCCCCACUGCCCUUUUAGCAGCAACUCUGCAUAUGAGUUCCGCAAACAUUUGAACUUUCAUGGCACUCAGGAGCGCUACAAAUGUGACCGCUGCAGCUACAGCUUGGACAGAUUGAACCUUCUGAGCCAACACCGCAAACUGCACUGUGAGGAGCCUGGUUACAACCCGAACCCUCCUGCCUCAGACCUCCUCAACACCAGUUUCAUUUUGCAACAAAACACUGACACUAAAUAUGGCACCCAUUCAGAGCUCGGAGCUGAUCUGAGCUCUGAUCAGUAUGUGUGCGACUUUUGUCCAUACAAAGCAACAAAGAAAAGUCUGCUCGUGACACACAUGAACAGUCAUGCUCAAAAGAAACGCUUUAUCUGUGACUACUGUGACUGGAGUGCCGACAGACUAGAACUUGUGCAGCAGCACCGUAGAGUUCAUGAAAAUGAACCCGAUUUCAAUCUGAAAGGAGAUGAGAAAGGAUUUCUGAAUAAAGAAUUUGAUGAUGGUGGUUCUGGAGAAUUUGAGGCCAAAUACAUGGAAAUUAAAAGUGCUGAAAAAAGUGUAAAAGAGGGAGAAAAUGAAUCUUCCACCUCUCCACCUUUUAAACUGACAGUUGUGAAGAAAAGCUAUCCCUGCAGACUCUGUCCUUUUAAAACCAACUCGAGAAACAGUUACUCUGUUCAUAAGAGUAUGCACGGGUCCUGCGCAGAAUUCUCUUGCCCAGAAUGCUCGUACUCUGUCUCGAGUCGUGGACUUCUGCAGCAGCACAUGCACCUCCACUCCACUACUGAUAGAGGGGAGGCAACUUCUCCACAGCCACCAACGUCUAAAUCAACGCCACAAACCACUCCCAAAUCUCUGCAAGCUUGCGAACCAGAUGCUGCUGAUGACGAUGAAGCCAUCAACUUAAGCAGCAAGAGCUCUACUGACUGCAAGACACCCCCCAAUCAGUCUGACCAGAAGGUACCAGCCAGCUCCCAGAUGCUGUGCUCAUUCUGUCCUUUUACCACUACAUCUGCUAAUGCUCUAGCCGAGCAUGUGAAAAUCCAUCCAAACCAGGACAAACUCACAUGUCCACAUUGCAGCUACUGUGCCACGUCCACAAAUGACCUGUACCCUCAUCUUCAAACUCAUUUCCCUGACACUUCUGUGGAAAAGCUGAUCUCAGACCAGAAAGUUGCUGAAACGUUGACCAACAACAACAACAAUAACAAUAACAACAAUCUCUCGUCUCCACCAGUGGAAGGCAAAAAUAACCUGAUUGAACAGGAAAAGUCCGAACUUACACCCACAAUUGAGAAGGUGGCUCCCACCAGAAUAUACGUGUGUAGAUACUGUGACAGAGAGUUUGAGGCAAAGGCUCUCAUGCUUCAACAUGAAAAGCAGCAUCUAGUCGGUACAUAGUAAUUGUUUUGUGGUUAAAAAAAACUGAAUACAUUCCUGUACAUAGUUAUUUAUUAUUUUCUCAGGGGGCAUUUUUGUGUUACAUAUCAACAUUACAGUAGUUUUCAAAAUACAUAAUUUGGUUAUUUGGGGAAAUACUGCAAUACACUGAUGAAACCUUUGGUGCUGGCCUGUGUGGGUGCUUCUAGAGUUUUUGCCAAUAUUUUCUUUGACUGUUGAAAUGAGCAAAUAUUCCAUGUCUGUAAAAGUCAUGACUGCUGAUAUGUUUCUCAAGGAUUUAAUUAUUAAAAUGGAUUGUGUUAAUUGAGCUUAGUCUGCAAAGCAUUCUUCCUUCCUCUCUUUCCUUGUACAUAGAUUAUAUGACAUGUGAAGGUGUGCAUAAGUUGACAAUUUGGUAGGCAGAAUAAGAAUGGGGUUAAUCGUUAGACUAGAUUUUAGAUGACUUUCUGAACGUAUUAAGCAGUCUUGAAAUUAGUGAAGAAAUAUUGAGUAAAUAUUUGUAAAUAUGUACAAUGGAGAGAGCAGAGAGAAUUAAGGAAUGACCCUGUAUCAAAUUAAGAAAAGUAUCUCACAAUGCAAGUGAGUCUUGUAAGUAGGCCUACAGAAAAAUUAGUGAUGAUGAGGUGGUGAUGUUAAACCACAUGGCUUGUGUUUAUGUCCUUUAUGCUCUAAAAGCAUGAUCAAACUGGUUUGUGAAUAAUAGAUAGGGGUUUUUAGUGCUUCUUUUGGUUCUUCCUUGCUUGUUGGGUUUUUUUCUUUUGCAUUCCUGUCAAAUGUACAUUCCUAAAAACUCCUUAUUGUUGUUAUACCCAUAUACUCUUGUGACAAGAACAACUGAAACAAGAAGUGCCUACUCAUCUCUAUAAAGACAUGUAUCUUUUCUCAUAUACAAUCAUUUUUUACAAUCUCAAGUUCAGUUCUUCCACAAAGUCGAAAGAGUGCCUUUUCAACAAAAUAUUUUCUUUUGAUAAAUGCAAAUGUAUGUGCCUUUACAUCUUUUGCUUUUUUUCUUGCUUGCUUCGAAAAGUUUGCACUUUUAAUGGUAAAAUAUGUGUGCCUGUGUAUAGCUGUUAUCUUGUUUUUCUUCCUUGUGCCUUGUACAGAGUUGUGCUCAAGUGAAAAGAUUGCAAUAAGAAGCACAACAUGUGGUGAAUCUGUUACAAACUUCACGACCAUGAUCUAAUGGUCUAAGGGGAAUCACUCUAUGUGGGUUAUGGAUUGGUGUUUUCAAGGCCACUGCUUCAUAAGUCAUACUUAUCUCUAGAAAUUUAAAUAACUAUUGUUAAAUAUAUUUCAAUCCAUCGGACCAAACAGUGCCUUGUAAAGAAAAAUCAAGUCGUAUUCAUACCGGGAGAAGUAAUGGGUGGGGUGGGGGGGGGGGGGGAGUCCGUGUUAGAUGUGUUGUUUCAUGGCUUGGGUUACUUAGUUCAAGGGUAUUUGCUGAAAAAAAUUAAAUUGUAACUUAGAAUUUGGUAAAGUAGAUUUAUCGGAGAAUCAAAGAUGGAUUUGGGUUGUUUUUUUUCCUUUUAAUGUAUAUUAAUACUUCACUGGAAAUACUCAUGUACAAUUGUUGUUGGGGCUGGAUUUUUUAUUUUAAUAAAAUCGCUUUGUCUGCCUGUGACUGUCAUGGCAGGAAAAUUGUUUGCCUUCCAGAACAUUUUACAGUCAUCUUUCCCUCCAAGUGACACAUUUUCUUUGCUGUGAAACAAAAAAAGGUUAAAUUGUACAGAAAUAAUGAUGUUUUUGUCUAGUCAUGCAGUGCUGUAGUCAAUGCAUUGAAGCAGUUGCAAUUGCUGGGGUGUUUUUUUUUGUGUGUUUUUUUCAACAUUCUGGUGUGUGACAAGUUUUUCGUUUGAUUUUUAAUCCUGUUACAGACUGUCAAGCAAACAAUUUAACAGCCAGUUUAGAAAAAGUAAUAGUUACGUGUUAUCAGAAAGUGUUGACAGUUUCUGAUUGGCUAUUAUAUUUUGUUCAAUUGAUAUAGCGUAAAUUGUUUGCGUGAUAGUUUGGAGUAGGUUUUUCCAUCCUGUUUCCAUCCUGCUUCCAUUAUAUUUAUUAUGUAAUUAUUUUUUGUGCAUUUGUUCAUUUAAAUACUGUACAAUAUAUUAAAUGUUGCUUUUGAUUGCAAGGGC